CUCGGCAAUCCACCCCUCCCUAACUUAAUAUUCUCCUCAUCAGCAGAUUCCCUCCUCCACAACCCAUCUUUCUGCCAUUCUCUCUACUUUCUCUACAUUGCUUUCCAAGCCAAGAAUCUCUCAGAUUCCUCUCCUCAUCUCAUCACCCUCUUUUUACACCACUAUUAACCAUCCAUCUCCAAUGGCCCUUCUUUUCCAUCUCUCUCUUUCUCUGUCAUUUUCAUCAUUCUCCUUCCUCCCUUUUCAUUCUUCCCUCAUCAGGGUUCUCUUCCCUCACUCUCACAUAACGUAACCAACCUUUUCAUCAUCAUCAUCAUGCCUGCUUCUUCAGAUGUCAAUCACCUUUCCCACCCAUGUAUAUAUGGGGAUUUUUCUCACUCAGAGAGAAAGUCUGGUUUCAUGAAAUGGCUUAGUAAGCUUUUCAAAGGUGGGUCCAAUAGAGCAAGGGGUGGUCGUCGUCUGCAUGAGCCUGCCGAGGAAAACAUAGUUUGGCGUGCUCCAUCUAGAGCCUUGGAUGAUCGUGCUAGAGCUCCGAAGGAGAACGAGGAUCUAGGCCAUGCAAUGGCACUUUCUUCAGCAGAAGAUUUGAAGAGACCAAAUGCCCAUCAAGGAUAUAAUUGGGGGGCAGACAUCGAUGAAGGUUAUACAAAAGAUCCCUUGAACUCAUAUGCACAACCUCCAUAUGCUCCAGCACCAUACUAUCCCAAUGAAUAUAGAAGAAUAUGUGGAGGUUGCAACCAGGAGAUAAUCUAUGGGAAUUGUUUGGGCUGCAUGGAUACUUACUUUCAUCCAGACUGCUUCCGCUGUCACGCUUGUCGUUACCCCAUUACCGAGCGUGAGUUUUCACUGUCAGGGAAGCAUCCAUAUCACAAGUCCUGUUUUCAAGAGCUGACCCACCCAAAAUGCGAAGUUUGCUUCCAAUUUAUUCCUAUAAAUGCUGCUGGUUUGAUUGAGUAUAGGUGCCACCCAUUUUGGUCCCAAAAGUAUUGUCCAUCUCAUGAAUAUGAUAACACAUCUCGCUGCUGCAGCUGCGAAAGAUUGGAGCCUCGGAACAUAAAAUACUAUAGGCUGGAAGAUGGAAGGAGUUUGUGCUUAGAGUGCAUGGAAUCUGCUAUAAUGGACACUGGUGAUUGUCAGCCUCUCUACCAUUCUAUCAGAGAUUAUUAUGAAGGAAUGAAUAUGAGAAUAGAUCAACAAGUUCCCAUGCUUCUCGUUGAGAGAGAAGCACUUAAUGAUGCUAUUGUUGGAGAGAAGAAUGGUUUCCAUCACUUGCCAGAAACAAGGGGCUUAUGUCUUUCAGAAGAGCAAACUGUCACCAGUAUACAUAGAAGGCCAAGAAUUGGAGGCCACCGACUAAUAGGGAUGAGAACUCAACCUCAAAAGCUGAUUAGAAAAUGUGAAGUUACAGCAAUUCUUGUUCUAUAUGGUCUUCCCAGGUUACUCACUGGCGCUAUACUUGCCCACGAGUUAAUGCAUGCCUGGUUACGCCUUAAAGGUUACCGCAACCUUAAUCCUGAAGUAGAGGAAGGGAUCUGUCAGGUUCUUUCAUAUAUGUGGCUUGAGUCAGAAGUAAUGCCAAAUUUUCGAAGCAUGCCAUCAACAUCCACAGGUGCUUCUUCCUCCUCCACCUCGUCCUCAUCAAAGAAAGGUGCGGUGUCUCAGGUUGAAAAUAAACUGGGUGAAUUUUUCAAGAAUCAGAUUGCCAAUGAUUCUUCCCCAGCUUAUGGUGGUGGCUUCAGAGCUGCAAAUGAAGCUGUCAACAAAUAUGGUUUACGUUGUACUCUUGAUCAUAUUCGUUUGACCGGUUUUUUCCCUUUGUAAUAAGAACACACGUGCUCUAAGUGUGGAUUGAAGUUCAUGGUCUUCCUUUUUUAUGUACCAUUUCAUCAAUGAAGUUGACAAUAUAGAGCAACAUUGCUUUCAUAAUAUUCUUAUUCAUAGCAAAUGAGUUUCUCUCAUCAACAAUUCAAAUAAAAUGUGACUUAUCAUUUCAUGUCA